GGUUCGACCGAGGAAGAUUGGUCUGAUGAUAAAUAUUACUGGGAAACAAGUUCGGAGACAAAAAGCAGCGCGGAGUACUUGGAUAAUUAUCUGUCUCUCAAUGGAAGACUGAGAAGACAGUUUGCUUUUUCGUUAUUCCUUCAAAAUCCAACUGCAAAUGGGGUGUGUUCGCCGGUAUCGGCGUUAAUGCCUCUGGGAAAACUAGUAAUCGGGGCCUCAGGUACCAACCGCAAAGAACUACUCGCUGCCAUUGGAGUCAAUAAGCUAUCUGAGGCAAACAAGCAUUUUACAAAACUUAUAAAAGAUUUGAAGAGCACCACAGGUGUGACUAUUGGCAUCUGUAGUAGUGUAUAUAUCAAUAAAAAUAAUGAACUCAAGAGGGAAUUCAAGAAAACGGCUAAAGAAGUUUUUGGUAUAAGUGUAGAAAAAAUUGAUUUCAGUAAUCCGAAAAGGGCGGUAGAUAAAAUUAAUGCAUGGGUAUCGAAGCAAACAAAGGGCAAAAUUCAUAAUUUAUUAGCAGACAGUGACGUAACGCCGUCUUCUACUAUGGUUUUGGUCAACGCCAUUUACUUCUCGGGCAAUUGGUUAUACCCCUUUGAAAGAGCUACAAAGGGCAUUUUUAAUAGCCCACACGGAAAGCAGAAUGCGCUCAUGAUGCAUCUUACACAAUUAUACAAAUUUUACGAAAGUACAUCUCUUGACGCAAAGAUAGUCGAAAUUCCAUACAAUCUACGUAGUAAAUCGUCUCUGGUUAUAGCUCUCCCCAAAUCCAAAGACACAACUUCUCUGCUAUUGCUCCUAAAGGCACUUAAAGUGGCUCCAGAUCUACUCAAGGAUGCAAUAAAGAAAAUGACAUAUAGAAAAGUUUCUCUUACGAUACCCAAGUUUACUAUUGAAAGUAAAUUGGACCUUAAUGAGGAAUAUAAAAACAUUGGCCUUUAUUCAAUGUACAAAAAAGGUUUCAAGAAUAUUGUCGAAGGUACGGAGUUAUUCAUUUCGAAGGCAGUGCAAGCCGCCAUAAUACAGGUCGACGAGAACGGGACUUUGGCGGCGGCGGCUACGGCAACGACACUUCUGACAGCAACGGGUCCUGUCAAUAUAGUCGAAUUCACUGCAGAUCAUCCGUUUUUUUUCAUCCUGAAAGUAAGAGACCAGCAAUUAUUCGCCGGUACACUAAGUAUAAAUAUAUUUUUGUGUACACACCGGUCAGAUGACGAAACUCUUCAGAAACUCGAAACAGAAGAUUCUCAGCCAAUUGAAUUGAAACAUCAAACAAAUGAAGCUACUGACUAUUUUCUACCCCGUAUUUUCCCCAACCAUGAAGAAGAAGAUGAUGAUCGUCUAGACGAAGAAGACGAGAGCAUGUACGACUAUGACUACGAUAUGAAAGAUAAUUACAAAGAUACAGCCACAGAGAAGAGCGUGAAUGAUAAAAUACCUAUUCAUACGCCGAUGGACAAUUUGCCUAUGUUUUUAUUGGAGCCAGAAAACACUUACGUUGUUAAGAAUAAGCCUGCUACGCUAAAGUGCAGAGCAGCUAAUGCUUUAAAAGUAUAUUUCAAGUGUAAUGGAAUCAAGACGCAAGCUUCAAAUUUUGAGUUCGUUGAUCCUCAAACGGGUGUUAGGAUAAUAGAAGGAGAACAUAAAGUGACAAGGGAAGAAGUGGAAGAAUAUUUUGGCAGUGAAAAGUAUCAAUGUUACUGCGUCGCGUGGACCAGCACUGAACAUAUUAAAAGUCAACCGGUUACAAUUGAAUUGGCUUACAUAAAGAAGCACUUCACUGUGGCGCCCCAAUCGCAACUGGUGAAGCAGAACUCCCCUGUGACAUUCCGUUGCGAGCCUCCGCCAGCGGCGCCCUUUGCCCAACAGUACUGGCUCAAAAACGGCGCCCCUGUUGUAGUCAAUGACAAUGUACAAAUCACUAAGGAAGGGGAUCUUGUUAUUAAACAAGUUACUUUGCUGGACAUGGCAAAUUAUACAUGUGUUGCUGAAAACUUAGCUGGUAAGAGAAUAUCUAAUCCAGCAUUGUUAACUGUUUUUGUGAAUGGAGGAUGGUCAACUUGGUCUACAUGGACAGAUUGUUACUGUAGUCCGUCAAGGCAGAGUACAGGCAAGAAACGGGAAAGGACAUGUACAGCUCCGCGACCUUUGAAUGGUGGACAGCCUUGCGUGGGUCAGAGUGUACAGAGAAGUUCAGACUGUGUGGACUGUGAUUUAGAUUUAUACGUUGACGGUAUAGACGAGUUAGCAGAUGACGCCUCCGAUAUACUACAGGCCAAUAUGCCACGAACGCGCUGGUCUCAGUGGUCCGAAUGGUCGCCAUGUGACACCGACUGCCUUCAGACUAGACGACGGAGAUGCUUGACCAAUCUUGCAGUGGACUGUCCUGGGCAGGAUUAUCAAGUCGCUCAAUGUUUGUUAUGUGUGAGAACUUCGAAGUCACAUAUUGUUAAUGAAGGAGCGUCAUAUUGGCCACUUUUAAUAGCAUUAUCCAUAGCAUUCCUGCUCUUUAUAGUUGUUGCUGUACUUGUAAUCAAGUACAUGAAAAUCAAGAUGACUGAAAAUUCUCUUUACGCGAAACCACCACCAGGGUCGAAUUAUUUUAACAACGUAUUAAAAAGGACUCUAACCAACCAACCUGAUCUAACGAUUCACGAAGAAUUCCAUACGUUAGAUUCAAGAAGAACUAGAAACAUGAGCACUUCCACGCAUACUCGUCAAGAACACCUAUAUGAAGUACCACAACUUGCUAACAGCUACAUGUCUCCAAUAGACCACGAGGUAAGACCCGACCGGAGCAGCAGGCUCGCUAGUAAGGAUGUGGAGUCAGACCGCUCUGACUCCAGCUGCUUUUUAAGCUCGGGGUCGUCUUACAAUGAAAGCGUAGAAAUGUCACCGUCACUCAAAAACCACACAUCACUAGAAUCAAAACUCAACCCUAACUUAGAGACGGCAAUAUCAAAGAUUGUGACCAGCGAUGGGGAUUGGCUGAAUCUGGACAAAUGUGGAGUGAGCUUAUUUGUGCCUGAAGGUGUUCUUGACAAGGGCGAAGAAGUGUUUUCUGUUGAAAUCAUGGACGAGGAAUGGAACAAGCCUUUGUUGUUGGAAGGUGAGACCCAACUGAGUCCAGUUGUACGCUGCUGUCCCAAGAACUCUCACUUUAGAAAAGGUGUCGUGCUGUCCUUUCCACACUGCGCUUCGCUGAAGAACCACAGCUGGCUGUUUUACAUCCUGCAGAAACCAGAAGACGCAAGUUUAAGGGAGUGGCGCAAAGUUCUUUCAGUGGGCCAAGACACUCCAGGAACUCCAAUCUUUGCCCAAAUCGAUCCUUCUAAAGUUUACCUCAUGAGUGAAUUUUUAAGUGACUUCGUAUUGGUUGGUAAAAGUUUUAGCAGCUUCGAUAACAAACUACUGAAGCUCGCCCUUUUUGUCUCAAAAACUGAGGAUAGUUGUUAUAAUCUCAAAAUAGAUGUUUUUAACGAUACGCCCUUUGGUUUUUACGAGUGUUAUGAUAAUGAGAAACGUUGUGGUAGCACUUUACUUUGUGAUCCAAAAACAAUUUGCUUUCAAGAAAACUGUUCAGAUCUGUGUUUCAAUGUUAGAGAAGUUGGACAAGGGUGGAAGAUCAAAUCCGGGGCGAAAUACCAAGAGCUAUCGUACACUCAUCUUUGGAACAUGAAUAAAUAUUUGCAAUGCGUGUUUGUAUUGCAGCAAACAGAUUCAAUUAAUUGCUUAGAAUUAAACUUGUCCAUAUAUCAGAAACAAAAGCAAUGCAAUUCAGUCAAUUUCAACUUAAAGACAAACGAUUUUAACUCUAAUUUCAAAAGAUUAAGUACUUCGAGUGUGGAGUUAGGCUAUACUGUGAAUAUUUUCGAAAAUCCUUUUAAUUAUUCAUCUUUGAGUAAAAAAGCGGGUAGGUACGACUUUGUUUUUAAGAAUAGUAGUUACAAAAGUAACUUUAGUGUUGACAAUAAUUAUCGAACAAACAUGUUAACUAAAUCUGAUCGUGUUAUACUCUGCAAGUUGCUGGACUCGCAAACGGCUAAAGGCAACGACUGGCGUCUUUUGGCCGAGAAAUUUAAAAUAUCGUCAUAUUACAAUUAUUUUUCAAAUACUUGUUCACCAACUGAGAAUCUUUUGAACUUGUGGAUGUGUAGGAAUAAUGACGCAAAUAUGCUAAUCAAUUUGUCGAGGAUUUUCAGGGAAAUGAAUAGAAUAGACUGCGCUACUGUUGUUGAGAGAAGAUGUUUUGCAAAUUAAAAGAAAGUUUAUGUACUUAAGGCUGGCAUGUUCUGUUUGGACUCUUCAGGCGGCAGCUGCGUAAAGCGGGCUCUGGGCGAAGGUUACCUCAAGGUCGACGGGUUGUUUUAAUAAAUGACAAUCGAGAGCGGGUGUCGAAUUGAACUGGAUGGUGCCUUGAUUUUUUUUUUAUAACAUCAAGUGACGGGACGAACAAGCGUACGCCUGAUGGUAAGCUACAUGCCUGUUCAUAACA